ACGCUCCAAGCUCCAUAAUGGCAGCAGAGACUCUCAACUUUGGGCCUGAAUGGCUCAGGGCCCUUUCGAGUGGUGGCAGCGUGGCCUCCCCACCCCCGUCCCCUGCCAUGCCCAAAUACAAGCUGGCUGACUAUCGCUAUGGGCGAGAGGAGAUGCUGGCCCUCUAUGUCAGGGAGAACAAGGUCCCUGAAGAGCUACAGGAAAAGGAGUUUGCUGCAGUGUUACAGGAGGAGCCACUGCAGCCCCUGGCCUUGGAGCCUCUGACCGAGGAGGAGCAGAGAAACUUCUCCCUGUCAGUGAACAGCGUGGCUGUGCUGAGGCUGAUGGGGAAAGGGGCUGGCCCCCCCCUGGCUGGCACCUCCCGUGGCAGGGGCAGCACGCGGAGCCGAGGCCGUGGACGCGGUGACAGUUGCUUUUACCAAAGAAGCAUUGAAGAAGGCGAUGGGGCCUUUGGACGAAACCCCCGGGAGAUCCAGCGUAGCCAGAGCUGGGACGACAGAGGUGAGAGGCGGUUUGAGAAGUCGGCAAGGAGGGAUGGAGCACGAUCCGGGUUUGAGGAGGGAGGGGCUGGCCCAAGGAAGGAACAUGCCCGCUCAGAUAGUGAGAACUGGCGUUCCCUACGGGAGGAGCACGAGGAAGAGGAGGAGGGCAGCUGGAGACUUGGGGCAGGACCCCGGCGAGAUGGUGACCGCUGGCGCUCAGCCAGCCCUGAUGGAGGCCCCCGCUCUGCUGGCUGGCGGGAACAUGGGGACCGGCGUCGCAAGUUUGAAUUUGAUUUGCGAGGGGAUCGAGGCGGGUGUGGUGAAGAGGAGGGGCGGGGUGGGGGAGGCAGCUCUCACCUCCGGAGAGGCCGAGGGCCUGACGGCUUUGAUGACGACAAGGAUGGGCUCCCGGAGUGGUGCCUGGACGAUGAGGAUGAAGAAAUGGGCACCUUCGAUGCCUCUGGGGCCUUCUUGCCUCUCAAGAAGGGCCCCAAGGAGCCCAUUCCUGAGGAGCAGGAGCUCGACUUCCAGGGUCUGGAAGAAGAGGAGGAAGAGCCUGCAGAAGGGCUGGAUGAGGAGGGGCUUGAGGCAGGGGGAAAGGAGCCCACCCCACUGCUGCCUCAGGAAGAAAAGUCCAGCUCUCCAUCUCCACUGCCCACUUUGGGCCCACUCUGGGGGAUGAAUGGGGAUGGUGACGAAGCUGUGGAGAAAGAGCUGCCAGCAGCUGAAGGAGAUGACCUGAGGGGAAUACAGCUGAGUCCUGAGGUGGACUCCCCUUCUGGUCCACCUGGAGAUCUGGAAGAUGAUGAAGGCUUGAAACACCUGCAGCAGGAGGCAGAGAAGCUGGUGGCCUCCCUGCAGGAUAGUUCCCUGGAAGAGGAGCAGUUCACAGCCACCAUGCAGACCCAGGGCUUGCGCCACUCUGCAGCCGCCACUGCCCUUCCCCUCAGCCACGGCGCUGCCCGGAAGUGGUUCUACAAGGACCCGCAGGGGGAGAUCCAAGGCCCCUUCACCACACAGGAGAUGGCAGAGUGGUUCCAGGCUGGCUAUUUCUCCAUGUCGCUGCUCGUGAAGCGGGGCUGUGAUGAGGGUUUCCAGCCUCUGGGGGAGGUGAUCAAGAUGUGGGGUCGUGUACCCUUUGCCCCAGGGCCCUCGCCACCCCCCCUACUGGGCAACAUGGACCAGGAGCGGUUGAAGAAGCAGCAGGAGCUGGCGGCAGCAGCCCUGUACCAGCAGCUGCAGCACCAGCAGUUUCUUCAGCUGGUCAGCAGCCGCCAGCACCCGCAGUGUGCCCUCCGGGAAAAGGCAGCUAUGGGGGACCUGACGCCGCCGCAGCAGCAGCAGCUCACGGCGUUCCUGCAGCAGCUCCAGGCUCUCAAACCCCCCAGUGAUUUGCUCCUCAGAGGUGGGGACCAGAACCUGCUCCCGACAAUGAGCCGGUCCUUGUCGGUGCCAGAUUCGGGCCCCCUCUGGGAUGUACAUACCUCAGCCUCAUCACAGUCAGGUGGUGAGGCCAGUCUUUGGGACAUACCAAUUAACUCUUCGACUCAGGGUCCAAUUCUAGAACAACUCCAGCUGCAACAUAAAUUCCAAGAGCGCAGAGAAGUGGAGCUCAGGGCGAAGCGGGAGGAGGAGGAGCGGAAGCGGCGGGAGGAAAAGCGGCGCCAGCAGCAGCAGGAGGAGCAGAAGCGGCGGCAGGAGGAGGAGGAGUUGUUUCGGCGCAAGCAGGUGCGGCAGCAGGAGCUGCUGCUGAAACUGUUGCAGCAGCAGCAGCAGGCAGUAGCCACAGUCCCCGUGCCCCCUGCACCCAGCUCCCCACCCCCGCUCUGGGCUGGCCUGGCCAAGCAGGGGAUCUCCAUGAAGACGUUGCUGGAGCUGCAGUUGGAGGGCGACCGACACCUGCACAAGCAGCCCCCACCUCGGGAGCCGUCGCGGGCGCAGGCCCCCAACCACCGUGUGCAGCUUGGGGGCCUGGGCACUGCCCCCCUGAACCAAUGGGUAUCUGAGGCUGGGCCGCUGUGGGGCACGCCUGACAAGAGUGGGAGCAGUAGCCUGGGACUCUGGGAGGACACCCUCAAGAGCAGUGGGAGCCUGGUCCGUAGCCUUGGCCUGAAGAACAGUCGGAGCAGCCCAUCUCUCAGUGACUCAUACAGCCACCUGUCAGGUCGGCCUGUUCGCAAAAAGACAGAGGAAGAAGAGAAGCUAUUGAAGCUGCUGCAGGGCAUCCCCAGGCCCCAGGAUGGCUUCACCCAGUGGUGUGAGCAGAUGCUGCACACGCUUAGCACCACGGGCAGCCUGGACGUGCCCAUGGCUGUGGCGAUCCUCAAGGAGGUGGAAUCCCCCUAUGAUGUCCACGAUUAUAUCCGUUCCUGCCUGGGGGACACGCUGGAAGCCAAAGAAUUUGCCAAACAAUUUCUGGAGCGGAGGGCCAAGCAGAAAGCCAGCCAGCAACGGCAGCAGCAGCAGCAGGAGGCUUGGCUGAGCAGUGCCUCCCUGCAGACAGCCUUCCAGGCCAACCACAGCACCAAACUCGGCCCUGGGGAGGGCAGCAAGGCCAAGAGGCGGGCAUUGAUGCUGCACUCAGACCCCAGUAUCUUGGGGUACUCCCUGCACGGAUCUUCUGGUGAGAUCGAGAGCAUGGAUGACUACUGACCAGCCCGUCCCACCAGCCCUAGGCUGUAGGCCAGAUGCGGCGGCGGCGGCGGCAGCAGCAGCAGCUUGGACCCUAAGGUCCCCAGCCUGCAGGCUCCCCACAAGGAGCAUAGGAGGAAGCAGGGGCAGGGUCCCCAGCACUUGUUACAAACGACACGAUGCACCUUAACUCACCCACCACGAGGCACUUUACAGAUUGGGGGGGAAAGGGAUUUUUUUUCCUUUUUUCUUUUUUUAAUUUUAAAUGACUUUGAAGCAAAUGUUAGGAGAGACAAAAAAUAUUGUUAAAAGCCAGACUCUAAACACCCCAUCCCCUCUGGGGCUAGUGGGUGUGAAAAUGGAAGGUCCACAGAGGUUCGUUUUUUGGGGGGUGGGGGGUAGGGGUGUUUUUUUGGUUUUUUUUUUUUUUAAGAAAAAAGAUGAAAAAUAAUGAAAAAAAAUGGUUAGGAGGCUGAAAGAAAAAACACACUGUUAUUUUGGGGCAGUGAGGACACAGGCCCCAUGGACCUGUCCUGCCUGGCCCCCAAGGCUGCACUUACCCCAGUGUCCCCCCGUAUGGGGGCAGGAGGGUAAUUGGAAGCUGGGGUGUCAGCAGUUUGCACAGUGAGGCCCCCUCAGAGCCCCGCCUGCCGGACCUGCUGUGAACAGCUCCCUGUUGCUGUGACUGGGGCAGAGUUGUCCAGGGUGGGGGCCAAAGUAGCCCCUUAGCUUCGCUGCUUUGGGGGAAAGUUGCACAAAUUGGAUGAACCGCAUCACUCCCCAGGCUACUGUCCUGCACCAGCUGACGGGUAGAUGGGAAGGGCCAGGGCAGUGCCACCUCAUCUGGCUGUCUGCGGCAGGACUGUGACCUUGGCCCUGGGGAGGGGCUUCCCCCACCGCUGCCAUUUUUGGGGGAUGGCCUGGGUGUGAAGCUGAAAGCUCCAGCUCCUGCCUUGCCACAUGAAUGUAUUCUUUGGGCUACAAGCCCCUGCCUCGCCCCUGAGAGACACCCUCCAGGAGCUGGAGAGAGAGAAAGGCACCGCUUGAUGGACUAAGUUGUUUCUCCUGUGAAGGGGGCAAGACCAGGGGCCUCAAAGGGCAAGAAGGGGGUGGUUUGGGGCUCAGGGUUGCAACGCUGGAGGCUUUCACAAAGGCCCUCUGACCUGCAGCCAGCUGUGGGGUGUGGACUACCCUACUCUGCGCAUUGACCAAAUGGGAGAGGAGCAAGCAGCCUCUCCUCUUGAUGCAUUUUUUAAUGUUGGGUAAGGUUGGGGUCAAGAAUAGAAGUGCGUCUCUCCUGGGUCAGGGGUAGGCUGCCCUUCCUAUUGCCCAUUUCUUAUUCCUAAUCCUCUUCCUGGGUUUGUCUCUCGUUUUUUUGUUUUUUAAUAGUUUGUUUUAUCUUUUGGGUUUCUCAUCUAACUGCUCCCAUCAACCUCAUUGCUCAGAGUGCAGUAUUAGGGCAAAAUUCUGCCACUGCCUCCCCUCCAUGAAUGUAUUUAUCCUUGCUGCCCUGGGGAAAUGGGAAGUGGCCCCAGUUUCUUUCCCCAUCCAUCCCUGGAGAGAUGACUUUUUUUUUUUUUUUUUGCACCAAAGUGGCAACUGGGUCAGUGUUGGGGGAUAAAACUGGCCUUGGGGGUAGAAGGGCCCCUCCAACUGCUCCCUGGUUUCAACAGUGUUAGUGUCCGUGAAAAGACAAUAUUCUCUCUAAAGCAAUAAGGGGGUGAUGGGCCAGGGGGAAAUGUCUUGCUGCUGCUGGCCCCCGUUCCCCGUCCCUCUCGCCAGUAUUUGGCGGCAUUGGAGGUGUGGGGGAGACUCCUGUUGUGACUGAAUGUAACUGCCCCAACCCCUGCUACAGCCAAUGCAGGGGAAGAGGGGGACACUCUUCCUGUCUCUUCCUGCCCCUUCCCCCAAGCUAAAGAGACUUUGAACUUAGGGGGCCCAUGAGCCUGGAGUAGGCCUUAACCCUGUGAGGAAGUGUAGGAGGAGCCCUCUCCCACCCCCAUCCCCUCUGAGAGUGGUCAAUGUUUACAAACCCUGAGCCCCCAGCCCAGGGACUCAGACCCCCUGUUGCUGUCCCUUUCCACCCCAAGUCUUCCUGGGCCCUAGCUGCUCCCCCACCCUGGGGUUGGGGUUGGUGCAGGGGGCUCUGUUCCCUUGUCUGCCUUGUGUCCACUGUCUCCCCCAGCCCCAUCUCCACCUGUGUGACUUCCCUUUCUUACCACUCCUGUAAAUACUCCCCUUCUCCCAAUAAAACUUGGUGUGUGUUCUCCCCUUA